AUGUCUUGGCAGUUCUGCUCGAUUAUUGCGUUACUUCUCGUUGGGUUCGGGAACUCCGCACCCCAAAAUAUUGUUCCUCAAAUUCGCACAAAUGGCUUCCAAUUGGAACCUCUCAACAAGGACUAUUUCCUCAGAAUCGAGCAACCGGAUGGAACUAUCCGGCAGGAGUCUGUCCAGCAAAAUGAAGCCGGUAACCUGCACGUUACCGGUGUAAUAAAUCAACCCUACGAGGACCAUGGAGCCCACUUGGUGCUGACCUAUGAGGCGGGUCCAAAUGGAUACGUAGCCAAAUACAGCUAUGGAAAGGGUCCUCCAACACCACCCCCCAGUCCGCCACUUUUCCUUAGCCCCAACGCCCUGAAAACAGCAACUGGAUAAAAGUUGGUCUCUAAUAUUGUUCAAACUCCUGUGAUUCCCAUCUUUGAUAGCAUUUGUAUAAUUCCUACAUGCUGAUGUCAAUAAAAAUUAUUUAUAAAGGCUUACUUUUAAACCACAAAAGUAUGCAAUGAAU